UCUACGGUUAAGAAACUUGACUGCAAUCUAAUCAAUUUUGCGUCCCCGUUUUUUUUCCCCAGAUAUUUCCGACCGAAGUGUUGCGAUUUCAGCCAGAACGCUGUGCAAGGUGUACCCCAGUCCGGGCAGUGCCCGCAGCGUAUGGGCCCUGCCCCAGACUUCCUGCAGCAUGGUCGCUGAAACAGAUCAUCCUGCCAACAACUUAGAAAAUCGAGAUGGUGGCCCUCAACCUGAACCCGACAACCAAGAAUCAUCACCGGAUAAAAUAAUUUUUGACCUUAUUAAAAGCGGUGAAUUAUCCGAUAUAGAAGAACAAGUUGAAAAAUCUGGUACUCAAAUCUUAAGAGCACGUGAUGAAUGGGGUUACACACCGGCCCAUUGGGCUGCUUUAGAUGGAACCAUAGAAAUAAUGCGUUAUUUAGUGGAUAGAGGGGCCCCAAUAGAUCUUUCAUGUCUUGGAACACAAGGUCCAAGACCGAUACAUUGGGCUUGUCGAAAAGGUCACGCUGCAGUCGUCCAAGUGCUCCUCCAAGCUGGAGUUGCAGUAAACGCGGCUGAUUUUAAAGGAUUAACUCCUUUAAUGACAGCUUGCAUGUUUGGACGAACAGCAACAGCAGCUUUUCUUCUUGGAAUGGGUGCUCUAAAUAAUUUGGUUGAUGUAAAUGGUGACACAGCGUUGCAUUGGGCUGCUUAUAAAGGACACGCCGACGUAAUGAAAUUGUUGAUGUAUUCUGGGGCAAAUUUACAAAAACCCGAUCAUUUUGGAUCAACCCCUUUACAUUUAGCAUGCAUUUCCGGGAACGUUCAUUGUGUUAAAUUGUUGUGCGAAAAGAAUAACAUCGAAUUAGAUCCUUUAGAUAAAAACGACAAAACCCCUUUGAUGUUGGCGCAAAGUCACCGACAUGGAGAUAUCGUUCAAGUUCUUCAAAUCGAGAAGAAAAGGAGAUCGAGUUGGUUUCCUUCUUUAAAUGAAGUGUGGGGGUUGUUAUUUGGAAAAGCGGGAAAUUCGAAAAUACCUUUAUUGUUUUUUAUGGUUUCGGUGGUUUUAUGGGGAUAUCCGAUGUAUGUUGUUAGGUGUAUCCCAAUAACUUGGAAUAAUCUCCGUGGAUCUCAUUAUUGCUUUAUUUAUUGGAACAUCGUAAUGUGGGUGUGUUGGGUGGUUGCAAAUCGCAAAGAUCCCGGUUAUAUCCCAAUGAACACCGAUUCAUACAGCCGGGCGAUAAAACAAAUCCCUUAUUUCGAUAAAUGGAAGAAACGAAACGCAAUUUUAAACCGAUUAUGUCACACUUGUCGAUGUUUGCGCCCUUUAAGAGCGAAACAUUGUAGGGUGUGUAAUCGAUGCGUUUCUUAUUUCGAUCAUCACUGUCCUUUUAUCUAUAACUGCGUUGGAUUAAGAAAUCGAACUUGGUUUUUUCUCUUCGUUAUGAGCGUAGCAAUUAAUUGCUCCUUUACCAUUUAUUUUGCAACUUAUUGCAUUGCAAUCGAGGGAUUUGGAGUAAUGUAUAUUCUUGGAUUAAUCGAAGCGUUCGUAUUUUCUGGAUUAGGAUGGAUUUUAACAUGCACAUCAGUUCUUCACGCUUGCAUGAAUUUAACAACGAACGAAAUGUUUAAUUAUAAACAAUAUUCGUAUCUUAGAGAUAAAAGAGGAAGGUAUUUCAAUCCGUUUUCGCGCGGUCCGAUUUUGAAUUUAAUCGAAUUCUUUUUCUGCACGCCCGAUGAAUUUGACGAUGACUAUGCUUAUGAUAUAUGAUGUAAGUUACACUCCGAUUAUUAUCCGAAAUGCGUUUGUAAGUACACGAAAUGCGGGACACCCUGAAAAUUGAUAUCGAUACGAAAAAUACGCUUUAUAUAAACUUUUUUCGUUUUGUGUUUCAUGUAAAUAUGGCUGUUUAACAAAUCGUUUGUAUUUUUAUUAAUAAAAUUGUUAGAAAAUU